AUGGCGGAGGCUGAAGCAGUGCAGCUGAAGGAGGAAGGGAACAGGCAUUUCCAGCUCCAGGACUACAAGGCUGCAACGAAAAGCUAUAGCCAGGCCCUGAAGCUGACCAAGGAUAAGGCGCUGCUGGCCACGCUCUAUCGGAACCGGGCAGCCUGUGGCCUAAAAACGGAGAGCUACGUUCAGGCAGCUUCAGAUGCCUCUAGAGCUAUUGACAUCAACUCCUCGGACAUCAAGGCUCUGUAUCGGCGAUGCCAGGCACUGGAGCACCUGGGGAAGCUGGACCAGGCCUUCAAGGACGUGCAGCGCUGUGCCACCCUCGAGCCACGAAACCAAAACUUCCAGGACACGCUGAGGAGGCUCAACACCAGCAUCCAAGAGAAGCUCCGUGUGCAGUUCUCCACGGACUCCAGGGUACAGAAGAUGUUUGAGAUCCUCCUGGACGAAAACAGUGAAGCUGACAAGCUAGAGAAGGCUGCCAACAACCUCAUCGUCCUAGGACGUGAAGAAGCAGGGGCUGAGAUGAUUUUCCAAAACAACGGAGUGGGCCUGCUGCUGCAGCUCAUGGACACCAAGAGACCCGAGCUGGUGCUGGCCGCCGUGCGGACCCUGUCGGGCUUGUGCAGUGGCCACCGAGCGAGGGCCACGGUGAUUCUCCAUGCAGUCCGGAUAGACAGAAUCUGUGGCCUCAUGGCCGUGGAGAACGAGGAGAUGUCUCUGGCCAUCUGCAACCUGCUCCAGGCCAUCAUUGACUCUCUGUCAGGGGAGGACAAACGAGAACAUCGAGGCAAGGACGAAGCCCUGGUUCUAGACACCAAGAAGGACCUGAAGCAGAUCACCAGCCACCUGCUCGACAUGCUGGUCAGUAAGAAGGUGUCUGGCCAGGGCAGGGAUCAGGCCCUGAACCUGCUCAAUAAGAAUGUUCCUAGGAAGGACCUCGCCAUUCACGACAACUCACGUACCAUCUAUGUGGUGGAUAACGGCCUGAGGAAGAUCCUGAAGGUGGUGGGGCAGGUUCCAGAUUUGCCAUCCUGCCUGCCUCUGACCGACAACACCCGCAUGCUGGCCUCUAUCCUCAUCAACAAGCUCUACGAUGACCUUCGCUGUGACCCAGAGCGCGACCACUUCCGCAAGAUCUGUGAGGAGUACAUCACGGGCAAGUUUGACCCCCAAGACAUGGACAAGAACGUGAUUGCCAUUCAGACGGUGUCAGGGAUCCUGCAAGGCCCCUUUGACCUGGGCAAUCAGCUGUUAGGACUAAAAGGUGUGAUGGAGUUGAUGGUAGCACUGUGCGGCUCGGAGCGCGAGGUAGACCAGCUGGUGGCCGUGGAGGCCCUCAUCCAUGCGUCCACCAAGCUUAACCGCGCCACCUUCAUCAUCACCAAUGGCGUGUCACUGCUCAAAGAGAUCUACAAGACCACCAAAAGCGAGAAGAUCAAGAUCCGCACACUGGUGGGACUCUGUAAGCUUGGCUCCGCGGGAGGCACGGACUACGGCCUCAGGCAGUUUGCUGAAGGGUCCACAGAGAAGCUGGCCAAACAGUGUCGCAAGUGGCUGUGCAGUGCAUCCAUAGAUACCCGGACCCGGCGAUGGGCAGUGGAGGGCCUGGCCUACCUCACGCUAGAUGCCGACGUGAAAGACGACUUGGUCCAGGACAUCCCUGCCCUGCAGGCCAUGUUUGAGCUGGCCAAGGCAAGUACUACUGAUAAGACCAUCCUGUACUCAGUGGCCACCACCCUGGUGAACUGCACCAACAGCUACGAUGUCAAGGAGGUCAUCCCUGAGCUGGUGCAGCUCGCCAAGUUCUCCAAGCAGCACGUGCCUGAGGAGCACCCUAAGGACAAGAAGGACUUUAUAGACAUGCGUGUGAAGCGCCUUCUGAAGGCUGGGGUCACCUCCGCGCUGACCUGCAUGGUGAAAGCGGACAGUGCCAUCCUCACCGACCAGACCAAAGAGCUGCUGGCCAGGGUAUUCCUGGCACUCUGCGAUAACCCUAAAGACCGAGGAACCAUUGUGGCUCAAGGUGGUGGCAAGGUGCUGAUUCCCCUGGCCUUGGAGGGCACGGACGUGGGCAAGGUGAAGGCCGCCCACGCUCUGGCAAAGAUCGCCGCCGUCUCUAAUCCAGACAUCGCCUUCCCGGGGGAACGGGUGUAUGAGGUGGUGCGGCCUCUCGUGAGUCUCCUGGACACACAGAGGGAUGGGCUCCAGAACUACGAGGCUCUCCUGGGCCUCACGAAUCUGUCUGGGCGGAGUGACAAACUCCGGCAGAAGAUCUUUAAGGAGAGGGCCUUGCCUGACAUUGAGAACUACAUGUUCGAGAAUCAUGACCAGCUGCGGCAGGCGGCCACUGAAUGCAUGUGCAAUAUGGUGGUGAACAAGGAGGUACAGGAGAGGUUCCUGGCUGAUGGGAAUGACCGGCUGAAGCUGGUGGUGCUGCUCUGCGGGGAGGAUGAUGACAAGGUGCAGAAUGCAGCCGCAGGGGCGCUGGCCAUGCUGACAGCAGCACAUAAGAAACUGUGCCUCAAGAUGACCCAAGUGACAACUCAGUGGUUGGAGAUCCUCCAGCGGCUUUGCCUGCAUGACCGGCUGUCAGUCCAACACCGGGGCCUAGUCAUUGCCUAUAACCUGCUGGCAGCCGACGCUGAGCUGGCCAAGAAGCUGGUGGAGAGUGAGCUGCUGGAGAUCCUGACUGUUGUGGGCAAACAAGAGCCAGAUGAGAAGAAGGGGGCAGUGGUGCAGACAGCCCGGGAAUGUCUCAUCAAGUGCAUGGAUUAUGGCUUCAUUAAACCAGUGUCUUAG